AUGACCGAUUCGUCAGCCUCAACCGUGGAGAUUGCCAAGGGCAAUACGCUGUCGACAGGCGGCAGCUCACCAAAGGCAUUCAAGGACGGCUACUUUGACUACAAUUUCGCCCGAUUCUUGGGCUUGUGCCCCUACUCUGGCGCCGAGAUUGGAGAAUGCUUCGCCACGGCGCACCGGAUAAUCGACGGCGACGUCGAGAGCUGGGUGCGUGAGUGGACCGCAACCGCGCAGAGGGUCGAGGCACUGGCCGAGGAUUCCUUCAAGAGGGGACACAAGUUCAGCGCCCGCGAGGCCUGGCUACGCGCCACGACGUACUACCAAGCAGCGUUCUUUUUUGUCCUGGAUGGCGACCCACGCAAGCCGGAGCUGUACCAGAAACACACGGGCUGUUUCCAAAAGGCCGCCCCUUUGUUUAACCCGCCCAUCGAGCCACUGGCCAUCCCCUAUCGCGACGAUCGCGAUGGCAACAAGGAAAAGUCGUUAUUUGGGUACUUUGUCCGUCCGGACCCCCGUGACUUUCCCGGGCCGCGCCCUACCGUACUCAUCCAGAUGGGCGCAGACGGCAGUUCUGAACAGAUUUACUUCUCGGGCGGCGGCGCUGCCGCAGCGCGGCGCGGCUACAACGCCAUCAUCUUCGAAGGCCCCGGCCAGACCGGCACGUUCAUGCGCGACCGUACCCUGACCUACCGCUUCGACUGGGAAAAGCCCGUGGCCGCGGUGGUCGACUUUGCAUUGACCCGUUCCGAGCUGGUCGAUCCGCAGCGCAUCGCGCUGAUCGCGUACAGUAUGGGCGGAUACCUAGGCCCGCGGGCUGCCGCUUUCGAGAAGCGACUGGCGGCGACCAUCGUCAGCGGGCUGGUUCCUGAGAUCAAGGGCUUGGCUAAGGGAUUCGAGGACGCCGAGGCCGCGCGCGCCGCUGGCAAGCCGCCCAACCACUCACACCGCUGGCUGCUUAAUGAACACAUGCCCAAGUGGGGCCUGAACGGUGGCUUCGACGACGUGCCUAAACUGAGGGAGAUGUCUGGGAACUGUGUGCUGUACGGGCUCGAAGACAAGAUUACCUGCCCGCUCCUCGUGGUGCAGGCGGCCGCCGAGGGCGACGAGACCACCAACAGGGCCAAGGCGUUUUUCGACAAGCUGCCCAAUCCAAAGAACAAAUUCCGCCUCACCACUGUCGAAGACGGCGCAGAUAUGCACUGCCAGAAGGGUAAUGCCAGCCUCCUACACGCCAUCGAGUUCGACUGGCUUGAAGAGGUCAUGGGCUGA